CAUUUUCAUCAGGCACGUUUGGAUUUCAUGCGAUUCUUACCGGUGGCACGCCGGCAGGCAGUUCAGUCCUGCCGUGUAACUUGAACAUGAAGAUUACGUUCACGUGCGACCCGAACGCAUCCUGGAUGUUGGUGGGAAACUUUAGUGUUGUGCCGAAACCGAGUUUUCUGCACUAUACGCCGUCGAAUUGUACCUACCUCAUGCAGCUUCCUUAUGAUGGAGCUUGCUACAGCAUGCCGACUGCAGCCCCCAUACCGUCAAGUUCCUCUACAGGCAUAAGUGUUGGUUCCAUCUUACUCAUUGUGUUCUUCACUGGAAGUAUAUCCUACCUCAUACUCGGCUGUGUUUUUAAUUACUCCAAUGGCGCUGUUGGCAGAGAACUCUGGCCACACUACGAGUUCUGGGUCGAUCUUCCUGAAUUAAUAAAGGAUGGUUUCAUAUUCACAUUCAAAGUUCUCACCUGUACGGACGCUCACCUAGGACCACAAUACGAGGCCAUCUGAUGACGGCUCUCACUUCUUCUCGGAGACGAACCAGAUCCCUAGCUCAGGUUUUUCAUCGUUAAGUCAGUGUUUCUCAUUGCUCUAAUGCGCAUGUUGGGAGAUCUCCAUCGUGUUAGUUCAUAGGUCAGUUUAUUGGAGUGUACGUGCGUGUUGGCAGUGAAGUGUGAUUACAUUCUCUCACCCGCAUUCUGUGUACGUGAAAAGCAUCAAAGUUCCUGUUGCAUUUUUGUGUGUGACAAUUAUUUUUCUAAUGUCUAGGAUCUUUGAAAGGUAUACAGAAUCUGAGGUCCGAUGCCAAAAAACACUUGGCAAAGUUACUCUAAUGGUAAUGGUUUUAAUUUAAAUUGCUGAAUUAAUCAGUAAAACUGUUAAGGCUAAGUAAUAUUAGAACGAUGAGCAUAGAAACUGUGAUUAAUAUAACGAAGGACACUGUAGCACACGCAUAAAUGAGAUUAGCAUGCAUUAUAUUUUCGCACGUUACAGGGAAUCCUAUGGGUUUUUAAGUGAAUAUUUUAGUGUGAAAUACUUGAUGUACCGUAAUUAAGCUGACCCCCUUCCUUUAAUCACAUCAAGAGUAUCUUUCAACUGUUAAUGUACCAGUACUCACUCAUUCAACGCGAAAUGAGAUUUUUCAGUGCAUGCAUGCAUGCGUGUGUGCACUGUAAGGGAUGGUGUAAUUUGUCUUAGAACACAGCUCGCUCGUUCUCUAGUUUAAUAUCAGUGCGCUACUUCAGCAGGCCACUAAUAUCUGUUAAUGUUUGGAAUACAGUGAACCUGUGUAAAUCGAAGAAGAUACAUAGGUUCUUCCAGUCUCCAUAUAUAUAUACAUACAUAUGCAUAUAUACCAUAUAUACAUAUAUAUAUAUGUAUACAUGUAUGAAUGUAUCUUCCAAUUCCAAUCUUCGCAUCACGUUUCGUGAACAAAUGUGAUUUUCGGCAAAUACUUGCUCGUCUAUGUAUAAGCCGACAUUAGCAUUCCGGUGCAUAAGUCACCAUCAUCACCACCUACAACGAUGACCCGUAACCCAUAACCCUACAUAUACCUAACCCAACCUAUACCUAACCCCAGCCUAGAACUAACCCCAACUAGACAUAACCUCAGCCUAGACCAAACCCCAACCUAGUCCUGAACCUAACCUAAACUUUAACCUAACUUAACCUCUUAUCCUAAACACUUUAUAAAAACCGGGGUGUAUUUGAAGUAUGAAAAUUAUAGUAAUAUAUCUUAUAAUCCUUUAUCGCAAUUGGGUGUAAAAUGUUUGUAUUGAAAUUAUUUUUUUCCAGUCGCAUGUACUUAGGAAUUGUAUACCGUCGGCAUAUGUAAAUAGGUAGUAAUAAAUUCUUCUGAGGUCACUGCUAUAUGAUGUAAAGUAAACUUUAUGUGCGCGAGGCGAUUUCAAUCCAGUAAAAGGAAUCUUAAUCGUAAUUAUAUGUAUGAUGUUAUCCACAAAUAUAAAGAAAAGUCAUUUUCCACGACUAAACAGUGUUAAAUGAUUACACGCAAGCCAUUUAAAAAAUAAUUUCUUUCGUAAAUAUUGAACCACAAAUGUAGUAUGAUAACUGUAAAUGAAAAUGUGAAUUUAAUUCACGACGAAAAUUAAUCAGAUUCUUCUAUAUAUUCACGUUAGUGACGUAAGCAAUGUUGAAUAAUAAGUGGAUUGAAUGAAAUAUGAAGACGUCUGUAGUUUAAUGAAGCAAACUCACUGGUAAUGAUAUUUAUAAUUUACGUUCACGAAUGAGAAGCAAUUUACAAAAUAUAUACAUACAGUAUAAGUCCAAUAAAUCAACGCAUUAAAUACUCUACCGAAGGUCAUCGUAAACCGAAAAACAUAAAAUAAGAUCAAACUCACAAAGCGUUACCAUUUGGUCCACUGGUGGUGACACGUUUGAUUCGCGUUUGACUUUAUUUGAUGGCUGAAAAUACAAUAGAUGAGGUUCAUUAACACAGUUCGCGUUGUUAGUGAAAUGAGUGAAUUAGCAGUUAGUGAUUCUAACAGGAUUUACAUGAUGGUAUAGAUACCUAUAUAUCUAUCUUAUGUCACUCGUGUUUAUAUUAGCGAACGAUGCUUUUGCUUACGAUGUUUUAACUAAAAACGUCUGCGUGUGUAUUGUAGAAUCGCGUACAAAGAAAUCGAAUUUCGUUUGAAGCGAGAAUGAUUCGACCUUAAUCGAUUAGGUUUAUUGGACUUUCACCGUAUGUGAAACAAACAGGAAAUAUCAUGUGACAUUUUCAUUACAACAGAGAAUGUAACGAAAGUAAAGUUAAACAACAAAUGAGGUUCGUAACUGAAUCAGUUCAUAUGUGAUAAUCGAUGAAUAAUAUCCUAUAAUAAACAAUGUAUCAAAUA